GGCCAUGAGGGAGAGGGUGACCUCCAGCCAAACUAGCGAGCAGCCCAGUCAGAGCUCGGCAUGGCUCCAAUGAGCCCCUGUGUGGCCACUUGUCUGUUCGCUGCCUGCCUCUGGCUUUGGAGAGGGAUCCUGGGCCAUGACUUCCUAGGCCCAAGGGUGCCGGCUGAACCCGUUCUUACUCCCAACACCAUCUGCAUGACCCUCCCCUGGCUGAGCCGGCGCCAGCUUGGACUCUGCGCCCGCAGCCCAGAAGCCAUGGCUUCGGCUCUGCAAGGCAUCCAUCUCGCUCUCCACGAAUGCCGCCAUCAGCUGCAAGAGAGGCGGUGGGAUUGCUCGGACCUGAGCAGUAGUGGCACCAUGCUUCUCAACAGCGCCGUUCUCAAGAGAGGUUUCCGGGAAAGCGCCUUUGCCUUCUCGCUGCUGGCAGCUGGGGUCACCCAUGCAGUAGCCACAGCCUGUAGCCUUGGGGAGCUGCAGAGCUGUGGUUGCGGCAGGCAAGGCACCGAGAACCAGAAGCUGAAACUCAGCCAGCUGCAGACUCUGAGCCGCGGCAAGGCCUCCUUGUGGGGGGAGCCUGGCCCCCAGGACACCUGGGAGUGGGGGGGCUGCAGUGCAGACUUUGACUAUGCCCAGAAAUUUGCCCGGCAUUUCUUGGACCCUCGAGGGAAACCGCGCGAUGCUCACGCACGGAUGCAGCUCCACAGUCAUCGCGUAGGCAGAAAGGUUGUGUCAGAGCUGAGCCAGCGGAGAUGUAAAUGCCACGGCCCCUCGGGGAGCUGCCAGUUCCGGACGUGCUGGUUGGCAGCGCCAGAUUUCCGCCAUGUGGGCUCUCACCUGAGGGAGCGAAUGGACCACGCCAUACUCUUGCGGCCGCACAACAGCAACUCGGGGGCCUUCCGGCCCCGCCUCCAGCGCUCGCGCCUGGCCAACCACCUCAUCUUCUACGAACCCUCGCCUGACUUUUGCGAGCCUGACCCCAGCCUGGGCUCGCCAGGCACCCAUGGCCGCCCUUGCACCAAGGGCAGCGUCAGACCCGACGGCUGCAGCAGCCUGUGCUGCGGCCGUGGCCACAAUGUGCUGCAGGAGGUGCAUGCCCAGCGUUGCCACUGCCGCUUCCACUGGUGCUGCCACGUGCAGUGCGAGGAGUGCCCUGCCACAGAGUGGGUGAACGUCUGCAAGUGAUGGGUGGCGAGGCCCUGCC